UCAAAAUGUAAGGUUUGUUGUUUUUCUAGGUAAGAAUAAGUUAACACACCCUCUACAGAGAAGACAUUUUGGUUAUUGGUGGAGUCAUCUGGUAACCUUUUGACCUCUCAGAAAGCUUCCUCAUUACUGUACUGGUGAACGUAUAACUAAGUGAUGUGAUGCAGUGUGUAAGUACAUGUCCCACCCAUAAGGUCCCACCUCUCUGUCCGGCGGUGCUGUCCGUCCUCUGAGAGGGGCGGGGCAGCGUUUGGGUCACGUGAUAAACGCGCGCGUCUGAGGAGCGUCGAUUUUCCUCAAGCCGAGCAAGAUGCGACGUCUGCUCUCCUCACAUUUGUGGAUUUAUUUUCUCCUCUUGUUGCUAAUAAACAAUACUUUCGCCUCCAAUAUCUGCACGUCCCGAGGAGCCAGCACAUGCCAGCAGUGUUUAGCAGUGCACCGUUCCUGUGCGUGGUGCGCCCAAGAGGAUUUUGGGCUGAAUGUGCCUGGCGCCUCCCGCUGUGACCUCAAGAAGAACCUUCUAGAUGCAGGAUGCAGGAGAGGAGCACUGGAGUAUCCCACCAGCCAGUUGUAUGUUACAGAGAAUAAAACUCUCAGUGAUAAGGCCUCUGGGUCCACCACUGAUGUCACACAGAUCCAGCCCCAGAAACUACAGAUUACCCUGAGACCUGAUGACUCCCAGCGGUUCACGCUGCAGGUUCGGCAAGUGGAGGACUACCCUGUUGACCUGUACUAUCUGAUGGACCUGUCCUACUCCAUGAACGAUGACCUGUCACAGCUGCGGAAGCUUGGAAAAGGUCUGGCAGAGGAGAUGAGUAAAACCACCAGUAAUCUGCGUAUGGGCUUCGGUGCUUUCGUGGAUAAACCUGUGUCUCCGUACAUGUACAUUUCUCCACCAGAAGCCGUGCAGAACCCAUGCUACUCGAUCCCAUACAAAUGCCAACCGCAGUUCGGCUACAGACACGUCCUGUCUCUGACAGAGGAAGUGAGCCGAUUCACAGAGGAGGUGAAGAAACAGAAGGUCUCUCGGAACAGGGACGCUCCAGAGGGAGGUUUCGAUGCCAUUAUACAGGCAGCCGUGUGCAAGGAGAAAAUUGGUUGGCGGCCAGAUGCUUCUCACCUGCUGGUGUUCACCACAGAUGCUAAGACUCAUGUAGCACUGGAUGGUCGCUUGGCAGGCAUUGUGCGGCCAAAUGAUGGCCAGUGCCACGUGGGCGCAGACAACAUCUACAACAUGUCAACUACAAUGGACUACCCAUCCCUCGCCCUGAUCACAGAGAAAAUGUCAGAGAACAAUAUAAAUCUAAUCUUUGCUGUGACCAAUCCUGUAGUACAACUUUACAAGAACUACAGUGAUCUGAUCCCUGGUACUGCAGUGGGGACUCUGUCUGAGGACUCACGCAAUGUGAUCCAGCUGAUCCAAGAUGCCUACGCUAAAAUUCGCUCUAAAGUUGAACUAGAGCUCCUGAAUGUCCCAGAGGAGUUGAGUUUGUCCUUCAAUGCCACAUGUCUGAACGGAGAGGUCAUCCCUGGACUCAGGUCUUGCUCUGGGCUCAAGAGAGGAGACACGGUGUCUUUCAGUGUUGAGGCUCGUGCGAGGGGCUGCCCUAAAGAGAAGCGCAAGACAUUUACCAUCAAACCUGUGGGCUUCAAAGAUGCGCUUCAGAUCACCGUCAAUUUUGAGUGUGAGUGCAAGUGCCAGGCUCAGGGUGAGCCCAACAGUUCUGCGUGUCAUCACGGCAAUGGCACUUACGAGUGCGGCAUCUGCCAGUGUCACCCGGGCCGGCUGGGCCCCAGGUGUGAGUGUGCGGAGGGAGACUACAGCUCCAGUGAGCAGGGCUCAUGCAGCGGGCCCAACAAAGUGGUGUGCAGUGGCCGCGGAGAUUGCGUGUGUGGCCAGUGUGUGUGUCACAACAACGACUUCGGCAAGGUGUGGGGGAAGAGGUGUGAGUGUGAUGACUUCAGCUGUCUGCGCUACAAAGGAGAGCUGUGCUCAGGUCAUGGCACAUGCUCGUGUGGUUUCUGCCAGUGUGACCCAGACUGGUCGGGUGAAAACUGUAACUGUUCCACGCGCACGGACACCUGCAUGUCCAGCAUAGGCUUGUUGUGUAGCGGCCGUGGCCAGUGCGUGUGUGGUAGCUGUGAGUGCACCCAGCCUGGGGCCUAUGGCUCCACCUGUGAUAAAUGCCCCACCUGCCCGGACGCCUGCACCAUGAAGAAGGACUGUGUGGAGUGUAAGCAUUUUAAGCGUGGAAGGCUCUUUGAGGACGAAACUUGUGCUCGGAUCUGCAGAGAUGAAAUUACACUGGUUGAUGAUCUGAUUUUCCAUGAUAAGAAUGCGGUGAACUGCACCUACAAAGAUGAAGACGACUGUGUACAGAGGUUUCAGUACUUUGAGGAUAACAGUGGGAAGUCCAUUCUGUAUGUGGUAAAAGAGCCAGACUGUCCUAAAGGCCCUGACAUCCUGGUAGUGCUGCUGUCUGUUGCUGGGGCUAUACUGUUCCUGGGUCUCGCCGCCUUGCUCAUCUGGAAGCUGCUGGUGACAAUCCACGACCGCCGCGAGUUUGCCAAGUUUGAAGAGGAGCGGGCAAAAGCCAAGUGGGACACGAGCCACAAUCCUCUCUACAAAGGUGCCACCACCACUUUCACCAACAUCACCUAUCGAGGCAAGGAGUAACAGUCCUACACCUCAGUCACUGGAGCGACAGCGAGACGGGACCACAGGAGGACAUGUUCUUCUUUUUUUUCUCUGUUACAUUUUCUUACAGUUGUAAAAAUAAUGUUAGCCUUUUAUAUUUGGAGGAUGUACAUUUUUGUCUGUAAAUAUGAUUGAUUGGUUUAAUGAAGUAACGUGUUUAAUCAUCACGAUUGUUUUGCAAGCACUCAUUAAAUGUACAGUGUCAUAGGGUGGAGUA